AUGAUAACCAUAGAGCUCACAGCAAGUAUUGAAAUAUAACUUGCUAUGAUAGCUUAGAUUUCAAAACUCCACCAUUCAAGAGAAAUCAAAGCUGAUGAAGGAAGUCCCAUUCUAAAAUAAUCCCAAAGAUCCUCAAAACAUUCUUUUGUUGGGAAAAAAAAGCUUUCAUUGAAUUCUUCUUACAUUUUACAAUACACUGUGACAAUUACUAGAUUUACGAAGGCAAUCACUAUGCCGUAGGUGUAAAGUUAUGCUUAACGAGCAGUUUCAGGAUCCAUGCUUAGAAACAGUAAAAAUGUCUCGCAGAGAAACAUCACUCCAAAUAUUGGAACAAAAAAUAUUAGAAUGGCUAUUCUACCCUUGUUUAAGUAAAUUCCAGCUUUUCUAAGAUUCCCACUACCAUAGGCUUAGGAUACUAAAGUUGCUAAAGCGCCAUUUAGUCCAUAGAUAACCAAAAGACAAGUAAUAUUUGCAUACAUAUUUCCUAAUCCAGUGGCAGCCACCAAAAUUGGAUCUCCUAGAUGUCCAGCAAAAACCAAGUUAAGCAUCUCAACAAAUAGAGAAAAAAUUUAGCCUAUAAUAAUAGGCAAUGCAACUUUUGCCAAAUUCAAACUCAUUUAGUAGAGACUCUCGUCUUGA